AUGGACUUCCCUGGCGGCGCAAACACCAACAUACAUCUUAUUGAUGGAUUCUCCAAUAUUUACUGGAGAAUAUACACAGAAGAAGCUGGUAUCGCAAAUAAUCCACAGGAGGGCCCCGCCAAUGGCUACACUAUUCUCAAGCACUUGAGUCGUCUCAAAGAUUUAGAGGCUCGAUUGAGAGUUUUGAAUUGCCUCGCAUCAUGCCCAAGACGCCUAGGGCUUUGGGUGUUCUCCCCUACCCCCGAGUUUGAAAGCCUAAAACCUUUGUAUGUGAGAGGAAGUGACGCAGAGUCGAAUAAAAUCCUCGUCGGCACGACAACUUUGAAAGUCUCUGCGUUGGGAAAUGUCUCCUCACUGGACUUGGUGAAAGGUCUGUCAUCUGACAACCAGAGUCAGCAUGGGACGCAACCCGCUGGGCAGCCACGACCACAUCAAAGCCAACCGUCAUCUCGGCGUCAAGAUGGCUACAGCAGUUCAGCGGCCAUUUAUGCCUCUUUCAUAUCUGCUGUCACUGGUUCAAUCGGCCUCCAGUUGAUUCGACGCCAUGGUGCUCUACCCCUGGGAUCACGCACCCUUUUCACUGCUGUCGAAAAUUCGGGGUACGAAAGUCCCCAUAUCGACAACGACAGCAUUCUCUCCACCUCUUGCUUGACUACACUCAACGUCCAGCUUACUAUGAGUGGAACAAUAACCGUUUCCGCCCAGACCAUCUCCCAAACGGGCAUCACACGGCUAUGCAGUCCACGCGAGGACAUUGCCGAAAUAAUUGGCGUGCAGUCUGGAAUUGAUCUUUGGCUAUGCCCGAACGGGACUAUCGCUAGGCUUGUCACGGCUAAUGUUGACUCGCCAACCGUCCCCCCUCUUGGCUACCCCGCCCCUGGGAAUCUGUCUGCAAAAAGAAUACAGUGGAAAUUAGACGUUGUGCAGUGGCUGCGGAAUUUUGGCUUGCAUGUUGACCCAAUUGAUGAAGAACCCUGGGUUGAAGUGGAGGUUUGGGAGCCAUUUUUCGCAAGGCUUGCUGGGGAAGCAUGGCGACAGAGUGAUGAUAGUCAAUCUGCACUGCCGCUGAAACGCAUGCUAUGGCCAGCGAGAUUUUGCUUCAGAAGGGCUAGCUCAUCAAAUUUCUCUUCCGGGCCUCAAACUUCCCUUCGUGACGAACCCCUAGAUUUCGCGGAGCGAUGGUCUACAAUGGCGGGCUCUCUCAAGCUAGACCAUAUUACCCAAACUGCUCAAAAUACUCCUACUACCCAAGACCCACGACCAAAAGACCAAGAAAUGCCGUCACCACCCAAGGCCGAAGCCUUGGAAAGCAUAGAGAGUUUAUCCCGAAUUGCGCAAUAUCCCGAUUUGCAGAGCACAAAUCUUGUUUACCCAACUCCCCCGGAUGGAGCUGCAGCAGUCGGAUUGAACAAUCCAAACCCUUCUGAUGCAUUUACCGAGGACUCUGAUUUUGAGCUACCCCAUGAAAAGCAACGAAAUUCAAGAAGAAAUGCACCAGGAUCUGAUAUAUCACCCGUUCAGAAUAGUGGCAUUGGGAUUGGCACUGGCCGAUAUGACGCAAGCGACGAAGAAGACCUCUUCGGGGAAAUGAACGAAAGAGAUUUCGGGUCGAAAGGUAUCACCGAUGCGGACUUCAGCUUUUUCGAUGACCCUAAUUUCGAUGGCAUGGACGGUGACUCUCGUGUGGAGGAUGCAGAUGGAGCCCUUGAAGCAUCUCAUCCUCAGAGCGAAUCGGAGGCCGGGCCCAUGGUUGAUGAAGAACCCUCCCCCAAUCAGCUACAGGAAAUUUCCACUCAUGUCGAAACACAUGAGAUACACGCAUCCCCGAUACAACACGAAGCCCUAGAGUUAUCUGAGAGGCCCAUGGCCCCCGAAGAACCAGCUCAUUCGCCUAUGGAUCGCGCAGGUCAAACAAUCAGCCCACCCUUGAGCCCAGUAGAAGUGAAAAGGAUAUUGUUCCCGGGACACGAGGGAGCGGAUCAUCAACAAUCUACAGGUAAUCAGGGACAAGGGCACUACCACCCAGUGGCCUUUGAAAAUAAACUUAGUGAUUGGGAUCAGAAGUACGGAACAACUGGCAAAUUCUGGUUCUCCGGUGGUGACUCGUUGGACACGUUAGAUCAGUCAUCUGCCAUACCCACGAUUGGCAUUCCUCGCCGUGAUCGAAGUAGUGCCAACGCACCUGGCUCUUCGAAAGAACGCAACAGGGCUAGUUUAUCUCUAAUCCAGUCAGAAAAUGGUCUACGAUCAGCAUCGGUGAGCAGUGACAGCAGCGACGACAGUAUCGAGAUCAUGUCUGAGUACGUUCCAACACCAGCAGCCAUGCCUUUAAUGUCUUCUUUAAAGCGGAAACGAGCUCCCUCGGAAUCUGAUAUAAUGUCGGUUGCAUCCCAAGAGAAGUCAAUGCCCGGCACAGAAGCAAGUCCUGCAUACGCAGCUGAGAACUCUACCUUUCUUGGCAAUUUCCUAGCCAAUUUCUCUGAUUGGACGUUAACCGGUUAUUUCUCGGCCUUUCUACCUCAACAACUCCCUGUACUUCUUCGCCGUGAAGGUCAGGUUGAAAUUGCUCAACUUCUAGUCGACCAAAUCACGCAGUCCUCCCUCAAGCACCCGCUUGAUGGGCAAAUUGGUCUUUUUGAUCUCGAGAGCCAGUCUCUACCACUGCAAAUCCUGGACGACACAACCCUCUUGGGCGAGACCUCGAGAUUGGACUUCAAAACAUACACAUCAUUGCAGGAUGAAUUUGUUGUGAACCACCCGCAACAGCAACCGCCACAACAUCCACCAGCGCCCAAAGACAUUCCUAAAAGCUUCAUUUCAAAGUUAUCGGCGCCCCACAUACGUGUGCGUCGAGGCAAAGAAUACUUGGAGGCUCUUCCUCCGGCUGUAUCGUUUUGGGAAACGUUUGGUCUUGAGCCUGCUCAUGGACCAAAGAACAUUUCUGCUUAUUGCAUUCACCCACAAGCUGCGUCAGAAGCAGCAGAUGUGUUCCUAAGACGGUUUGGCCUUCUCUACCAAAGUUGCAACCUUGGAACCCACACCAGAGGAGACGAUUCUGUGGCAUUUGAAGACGGGCUGAAGCCAUGGAAAUCUGAAACAUCUAGUUAUGAAUCUAUGAUGCAGGUAUUGAAGAGAACAUGCGAGCAGCUUGGUAUGUCUUCUUCUCUGGCGGUUAUGGAUUAUACUAACAAGUCUGAAGGCUCAGAGCUCUCGCAAUCCCCAGCGAGUGCCGAUAAUCAUGUUGUCUAUAUCAUCAACCCAUUUACGCAUGCCGCGGCACUAGCAGACAUUUGCUCCGCCUUCUGGCACCUUUUCCAGCAAUUAAUAGCCGGUUCCGAGCGAAGACAGACUCGGAUUGCCAACGAGCUUGUUCUGCAGAUAAUUCCACUGGAAUUCGUCAUGUCGAGCGAGACGAUGGUUAUACCUCCCCAGACAGAUUAUUUGAAUUUAGCCCUAGAAGUCUACAGUCGGUGUCGCCCAAAUGAUGGGGAUAUUAGCCCCCUGCUCUGCGCGCCACCAAUGCUUCUGGCCGACGCUCUCCCUAGAGCCAUUAGUUUCCGACUUACCCCUGAAAGAUCCUCGCCGCUUCAAGAUGGGCGAAGUCUUCACAUUGCCUUUUCCAAAAGUCUUGAUCAACGCUGGAUAUCGGUGGCUUGGUCUGAUUUGCCAGGUUCUAUACAAAGAACCAUGUCUUACUGCCUGCGGCAUCGUCGGUCGGGCGUUGCCAGACCGAUUUCCGAGGUAAGGAAUGAAAUCUGGGCUACGACGAAACUCAUUAUGGAUAAAUUCCAAGCACGAUGGAAAGUUCAGCUGGCGACCACCGAGCCUAUGGAAACCGAUGAGGUUGAAGCAUGGGCUAGUCUAGCAGACCAGCACAAUAAGUCAAAACCCGGGUCCUUGGAAUUGACCAUCUUGGCUGUCAACACGGUUCCCGACUUGAUCCUUGAGCCACCAGUUCCACCCAUAUCGAUGGCUAUGCUGAAUAUACUGUCUUCGUCUACCCCUGUCUCGACUCCUAAUCCAAGUGCCAGCGUUGCAUCCCCCGAACAAUCAGGCAAUGCAGCCACUCCAACCAGCGCCGGUCCUGCCGCCUACAGUGCCCCCACACCGACGGACAUGCCGCUUGAAACAGAUUCGGAAGCCGUCCUCACUGAUAUCUGCGACGAUUCCUGGCUAGCCAUUCUAUCACACCGACUCAACAGCUCUCCACACCUCACCGAAUUCCGACCCGCCCUCUCCAGCGGGUAUCUCCUCCGCCGCAAGGGGGCUACUGGUGGCGACGGCGUGUUUGCCAUCUCCGUUAACCUUAUCUAUUCUCCACGUCCUCCCGCGUCUCACGAUAACGUCCUGAAGGAUACCUUAAGUAUGUAUCGGGACCUGGGCUGUCUUGCCCGAGCCAAGGGCAUAUGCAGUGUACAAAACAACACACUGCCUUGGCAUGUCGUCACGGCUCUUCGCGCACAAGAGCUUUUGAGUUAUGUUUUUUGA